AACAGCCAGAGAUGGUUAAAAAGCAACAUAGUAGUAGUAGCAAGGCUGAAGUUUGCCCAUGGGAAGUACAGGAGCCCAAAGAGGUAAAAAAACAGGAUAGUAGGGCUGAAUUAUGUCCAUGGGAAAGUGAAGAACAACAAGUUUUCAAGAAACAAGAUAAAAGCAGUAGUGCUAGGGUUGAUGUAUGUCCUUGGGAGAGUGAAGAACCAAAAGUUAUCAAAAAGCAAGAAAGUUUUAGUCGUAGCAAAACUGAUGUUUGUCCAUGGGAAGUACAGGAGCCCAAAGAGGUUAAAAAGCAAGCAAGUGUUACCAGUAGCAAGGCUGAGGUUUGUCCUUGGGAAGUACAGGAGGUCAAGGAGGUCAAAAAACAAGAUAGUAGGGCUGAAGCAUGCCCAUGGGAAAGUGAAGAACCCAAAGUAGUCAAAAAGCAGGACAGUAGAGCCGAUGUAUGCCCUUGGGAGGUAGGGGAAUCGGAAGGUAUCAAAAAACAAGACAGUGGUAGUCGGGCAGAUGUUUGUCCAUGGGAAAGUGAGGAACCAAAAGAACUUAAAAAACAAGAAAGUAGUAGUAGCACUAGGGGCGAAGUUUGUCCUUGGGAAAUACAAGAUUCUAAAGUGAAAAAGCAAGAUAGUGCUGGACGCGUAGAUGUGUGUCCAUGGGAGAUGGAAGAACAAAUUCUAACUCAACCAGGACAGGAAAGCAGUGGUGGAGAGGUGCGUUCAAGAGCCCAUUCAGUAACCUCUCGAACCCUAUCUGUGAGCGAAUCUCCCAAAAUUCAUGCAAGAAGUAGCAUAGGGGAGGCUUCAUCAGAACAUGGAGAAGAAGGAGAAGAGGGGAAGGCGAAUCUCGCUUUGGGACGUAGAGAUGCUCUUUGCCCCUGGGACAUGAGCAGGAGCAGGUCCGGAUCUUUCACGGACAACACGUCAGAUGUCUUUACAUGGGAGCCAGAGAAUAUACCCGAAGAGGAAGAGGAGGAAGAUGGAGAUGCAGAGUCAGCAGCAGAGGCACUCGUGUUCCCGCCUGAUUUGUGA